AUGCUAGUGAUCACACUAAGUGGCCAUGCCCCAGAAGGGACAGAGCUGCAGCUCAUCAAGGCUGCGGGUGAAGCAGGUGUGAAAUGGGUUUUGCCGAACGACUGGUCUCCCAGUACAACGAAUGAGGCCAUGAACCAGGAUAUUCCGAUAUUCCAGCCCAAGGCUGAGCUACGGAAAGCCAUUGUCAAACUUGGCCAAUGCAGCUUUAUCAGUCUUUCCACUGGAUUCUGGUACGAAUGGAGUCUUGCCAUUCCAUCAGCCUUUGGAAUUGAUCUGAUCAAUCAUACGGCGACUUUCUUCGACGAUGGAGAGACAAAGAUCACAACCUCCACCUGGCCGCAGGUUGGUCGUGCUGUCGCCGCUCUGCUCAGCCUGCCUAUUAAGCCUGAAGGAUCUGACCAGGAAGCGUGUCUCGAGAAUAUCAAGAAUCAGGUCGUCUACAUCAAAUCAUUCACGGUUAGCCAGAAGGACAUGCUGGAAUCUGCUAUUCGCGUGACUGGAACCCAGGAAUCGGACUGGUCUAUUUCGAAGGAACCGGCGACUGAACGUUGGGCAAAUGGUAUGAAGGAGAUGAAAGAGGGCAGUCGUAUUGGGUUUGCCAAGAUGCUCUACACCCGUGUCUGCUAUCAGGAUGGCGCGGGGAAUAUCGAACACAAGGGUACUUUGAAUGCAUUGCUUGGAUUGCCAACGGAGGAUAUUGACGAGGCGACCAAGGCGGCGAUUGAGCGGUCCAAGACUGAUCCUUGGGAAUGA